AAAAAAAUGUCUGGUCCUUUUAGUGAGUUUCUAAACACUUUUGUCUAGUUGAAUAUUGACUAAUAUAUAUUAAUUGUUUAUUACUAGGCAAAGAAAAAAUAGCAAAAGAAAUGGCAAAAUCUUUGUCUGGUAAUGAUGACAGUGAUGAUAUUGAGACAAUGCAGGACUCUGAAGGUAGUGAUUUUGGACAAGCAGAUUCAGAGAAUAGUGAUACUGCUGCUGAUAUAAUUACAGGAACAUCUUAUAAUGUGAAAUCUAAGAAACAUCCAACCAACUAUAAAUAUAAAGAAAAGGAUAGUACAUUAAAAGAUAAUAACUUUGUAGCAGUAACACUUUUGAGUGGUCCAUCAACAUUUACACAUAAUGUAGUAAAUAGCCCUAGCUCUGAAAAUACAAGUGAAUUAUUGCCUGCAAUAAUUUCAAAAGAUGCAGUGUUAUAUUCAAAUGUAGAUACUAAUCAUACAAAUGGUUAUGAAAAACGAGAUAUUUUUUCAGUCGAUUCAUCUACAUGCAAUAAUCUUGUUUCAACAAAUGCUGAAGAUAAAAGUGUAUCAAAUCAAAUAAAUUGUUUCGAAAUGGUGAAUAAUGACCUGCAAGAAAUUGAUUCAAAUCAUGCAAUGGAAUUGGAGGAAUUAUUAGGUAGUUUUGUAGAGCAAGAGCAUCACGACAAUGUGAGUAUUGGAUCUCCGUCGAAUCAUGGAAAUGAAAUGAUACAAUAUGAUAAUGAUGCAUCAGAUUACAAUAUAUCAGCUGUAGAAUCAACAAAACACAAUUGUUAUUGCAAUGAUGAAUUGAAAAAAUAAAAUUAAGCAUUAAAAAGAGCCAACAACAAAUUUUAACACAACUUUUGUUAAAUAAUUCAAAUCAAAUAAAAGUUUGUAAUUAUUUGGAAUCAAUGGAUAAAAAAAAUAACAAAAUAUUAGAAAGUGAUAAGAAACUCCGUAGCUCUGCAAUUCCAUUGCCAAAAAUUCCAGCACCCUUUUUAGGUUUAUUACCUAUUGCAACAAAUAAUAACCUUGAAAUGGUUGAAAAAUUUAUAUCAUCAACCCACGAAUAUUCUCAAGCAAAUAAAGAAGAAUUGAAAAAAUAUGUAUCACUUCGUGUAAAUGCAUCGACUUCAAUAAACCUUGCAGUUAAAACUGCUUUUAAUCUAUGCAUGACAAGAGAAAUUGGUGAGCAAUUUAGUUUCCAUGGCAAAACAAAGAAAUCUUUUGUGGCUCUUGAAAUAUACAAAGUGUUAUCAGAAUCACUUUCUGGUUGGAUAAAUACCAUCCAAGACCUCAAGGUAUUUAGAGAAAUAAUUUCAAAUAUUUUAAAACAUUGCCGUCCAAUUCAACAUCAGAAAUCACCUUUACAGAUGGAAUCCUCAAAAUAGUAGUUGGCAUAAUUUUAUAUUUUUUAUAUUUAAAAUUUAUUAGCAAG